AUGAUGUCUUUAUCAUUCCAUUAUUGUAAUCUUCCUAAGGAGAUCAUCUCAGCAUCAAAGAGAAUCCAAAUGUUUCAACAUGCAACAGCCAAGAACAACAGAAUGAGUGGUUUAACUAACAUUGCUAAAACCACAGCAUCUGCACUUACAAAUGGAGAUACUCCUAAACCAACAAAGGUUGACAUAACUCUCAAGGACUUGACAAUGGAAGAAUUGCUAGACGAUGGUCGAGUUUAUGAACAUCUCUUCUUUUUCAAAUCAUAUGAGUUGGGACUUGAUAAUAAAGCAACCCUGGUUUCCAUUACCAACAAAUUACAGACUAGACUGAGCGAUUUGGAUAUGAAUAAGCACAUUAACAAUGCUGCUUAUGUCAACUUCAUUAUUGAGACUGCUCCUAAAUGGUUGCUGGAGAGUCACUAUGUGUCAGGCAUAACACUGAAAUAUCUAAAAGAAUGUGGGAGAGACGAAGAGUUGCAGUGUUUGUGUGCGCCCUCAAAAGACAACAUCAAUGGCAAUGAAGACAUUUUUCAUCUACAUCACUCACUUCGUCUACAAAGCCUUGAACUUACUCGAGGAACAACUAUCUGGAGCCCUAAACUCUAA